GGGGGGUGUGUGUAUGUUUGGGGAGGCGCAGUGCGCAUGCGCUGUGUGCGUCUCCCCGGCAGCCAGGCGGGUCCCGGCCGGGCGGAGGCCGCGGUGGAGCCGGGGGCUCGCGUAGAUGUGCAGCCCGGGGCGGGCGCCGCCUGGGCCGGCCCCGGCGGGGGACCUGCCGCCCGAGUGGGAGACGGACGACGAGCGCAUGGCUUUCCUCUUCUCGGCUUUCAAGCAGAGCCGCGAGGUGAACAGCACCGAGUGGGACAGCAAGAUGGCCUUCUGGGUCGGGCUGGUGCUGGCCCGCGGCCGCCGCCGGGGCGCCGUCCGUACCUGCCUGCGAGACCUCCAGCACGGCUUCGAACGGCGCGGCAGCCUCCCGCUCGGCCUCGGCACCGUCCUCCGGGAGCUCCUCAGACGCGGCAAGCUGCAGAGGGAGUCAGACUUCAUGGCCAGUGUAGACAGCAGCUGGAUCUCCUGGGGUGUGGGAGUCUUCAUCCUGAAGCCCCUGAAGUGGACUCUCUCCAGCGUGCUGGGUGACAGUAAAAUACCUGAGGAAGAGGAAGUUCUGAUUUAUGUGGAGCUGCUUCAGGAGAAAGCAGAGGAAGUUUAUCGCCUAUAUCAGAACUCUGCGCUUUCUUCUCACCCUGUUGUUGCCCUCUCAGAGCUGCGUUCCCUCUGUGCCAGUGUUUGUCCAGAUGAAAGGACGUUCUACCUGUUGCUUCUCCAGCUGCAAAAGGAAAAGAGGGUCACGAUCCUGGAACAGAAUGGAGAGAAGAUAGUGAAGUUUGCCCGAGGUCUUCAUGCCAAAGUCUCCCCAAUGAAUGAUGUGGACAUUGGAGUAUAUCAAUUGAUGCAAAGCGAACAGCUGCUGUCACAGAAGGUGGAGUCCCUUUCCCAGGAAGCAGAGAAGUGUAAAGAGGAUGCCCGGAGUGCUUGUAGAGCUGGGAAAAAGCAAUUGGCACUGAGAUGUUUGAAGUCCAAACGAAGGACGGAAAGGCGCAUUGAAGAGCUUCAUUCCAAGCUGGAUGCAGUGCAGGGGAUCUUGGAUCGUAUAUACGCCUCCCAGACUGACCAGAUGGUAUUUAAUGCCUAUCAAGCUGGUGUGGGAGCUCUGAAACUGUCUAUGAAGGAUGUUACCGUGGAGAAGGCAGAGAACCUGGUGGAUCAGAUACAAGAGCUUUGUGAUACUCAAGACGAAGUAGCCCAGACUCUGGCUGGAGUGGGGAUCAAUGGUCUAGAGAUGGACACUGAGGAACUGGAGGAGGAGCUGGACAGUCUCCUCCAGGACUCAGCUAAGGAGCCUGUAGAUCUGCCUCCUGUUCCCCAGAAGGUGCUGAAUCCACCCAUUUCUGAUGCUGAGCUUGAAGCUGAAUUGGAAAAGCUCUCUGUUUCUGAUGGAGAUUUGGCACAAAAGACUCCCUCUGCUUCCUCUGAACCCAAAACAGCUCUGGGACUGAAUCUCUAAAGACCCAACAGUGUCCUGUUGCUGAAGUUUGAGAAGUUGUCUUAAGAUUCCUUAACUAAUGACUAGAACUUCUGGGGAGAGGGGUAUCGCUCCUCUGUUCUUCAUGGAUAUCACUUUGCUCAGCAACAGGAUCUCCUGCCAUGACAAUCCACUCUGGAACUGGCCCCAGCUGGUGUUUGUCAUCCUUGUGCCAACAUCUGCACUGGUCUCAAUCUGACUUGUGAUCCCAAGUCACUCUGCGACAUCCAGUCUUCCCUUCUGGGAAUGCAGUUCACUAUUCUGCCCAGUGAAGAUAAACUCUUCUAUGUCCAUAACAGUGCUCGGGGUUUUUUUUUUGGGUGGUUUUUUUUUUUUGUUUUGUUUUUUGUUUUUUUUUUUCUUCCCCUUUGCUGUGGCUGAUGUUGAGAAUCUGAGUUGCAGCAGUAUUGCAGUUGCUCAACAUUUGGCUGUUUGUGUGGUUGUUUAAAACACUUGGCACAUAAAUACUGUUCUUGACAUAACUUAUCUGCAACGAGCUUAAACACCUGUUGAUAGUUCUAUCCCUCCCUGUCUGUAUUUUGCACGGUCGUGGACAACUAGACACUGUAACUGUUAAAUUGUAGGAGAUUUUGUUGCUGCUCUAGGGGGCAGCAAUUGCAAGCACAAGACAAAAGUAAUUCCUCUUUCUGUAAUGUCACUAAGGCCUUAAAAGGGAGACCUGCAAAAGAUUUUAAAUUAAGGAGUUUCUUACGCUUCCUGUUGUAACAAAGGCUUGCUGUCACUAUAAUACAAUUUUCUGCUUGCUGCUACUUGAAAUUUGAACUGCUUGCUAUUUUUGUAUCUUCCCUGUUUGCAAAACUUCUUGGGAGCUGCAGGGUGAUCUGCUUUGACCUCUUGUAUUGAGUGAUUUGGGGUGGGAGAAUGGAUGCGUAGUUUUCACUUUCAGAGAGGACAGUUUUGUGUAACAGCCUUGCCUUUGCCUUCAGUCUUGAUGUUGCAAUUCCCCAAGAUCAUGGGUUACCAGAAAGCCCCAAACCAAAACCCUGUAAAUGUUUCUAAUUAAAAAAAAAACAAAACAAAACAAACAAACAAAAAAAAAAAAAAACACAAAAAACCCACCAAGCCCAGGCACAGCAACUGAAGAUUUUUUUUUAGAGGCUGUCUUUACCCAUCAGAAGCAAAAUCAUCAUCUUUUGCAGGUCACUUUUUUAUUAUGUGUAUGCACAUGGAAGAGCAGAAAGCCUGAUAACUAACAUGAAUAAAUGAAUUUUCAGGAGGGGAAUGUGCUGUUAACUGGGCUUACUGCACACAGAGCCUGUGCGUGGCAGGGGACUGACUAGCUACGUGUUGAUGUAUAACCAGUCCUCCUCCCUCUGCACCUCUCCCUAACUCGGAAUGUAUUCCUGUCACCAUUUCUGUGCUGCCUCCUGUACCACACUCCAUCGCUCCAGCCAUGCGGAUGGCAGCUUGGGUGAAUGGAAAACCAGGGCUGGAGUUCCCAUGUCCUGUUAAUUAUUGGCGACCCAGCUUUAGCCUCAGAGGAGAGGGGAAGAAGUUACAGGUGUCUCUAGGGUGCUGUGUUGGCUCUGGCUUCUUUUGUUACUAGUGCAGGCUCCUGCCAGAGAAGAUGUGCUGUAGCCAGCUAGCAGUUUGCCCAGGCUGCACACGGAAUUGUGUGAAAUGACUUGAAGCUCUGUAUUCCUUGCCUUUGUAAGUAAAGGGGAGAAAAACCACUGUGUUUUCUGCCUACGUGUAAUAAAGGGGAGGAACCAGAGUUCCUUGUGGUACCUCCUUUUCUCUGUGCCACAGAUCACUGCCAUGUUUGUGUUCCAGCUGUGCUGCUGCAUCUGUAAAACUUGUCUGCUGGAAGUAAAUGGGCAGAUUCCUGAGCUGCUUUGUCAAAAAACAAACUGAAUAACUGCUGUACUAGGCUUUAAUUUUCCCGAGCCUUUUUUCUGUGUUUAAAAAAAGCCCAACAGUUACUGUGUUGAACUUUUUAAAAUCGUCUGGUUUUACCAAGUAGCCUGUAGUGGCUUUUGCUUGUGGCACCUUGAUUUUAUGAGUGUACUUUUGGAAAAGCUUGCUUCUUUUUCUUCACUUCAGCCUGUCUUUCCACUUCUUCAUCAUCCCUGUGCACCUCACAAGCUAGUGCAGUUUCAGGGCUCACGCCCAACAGUUCUUUGCCUCAGCCACCUUGCUGUGGCCAUGGUGAAAACCACUAUACCAGGAAGUCAAUUCUAACUGAUCCCUUGGUUUUGUACUAAACAAUACAUAAGCCUUAUUCCAGGACAGUUUUUGUCCAGCUUCUUGUUCUUAUUGUAAUUAAGCAGUGCAGCCAAGGAGACUGGUACUGGUUUUUUCCUCUGUGUAAAGACAAUCUAAAUGGAGUAACCUGGUGUAUAAACUACUCAAAACAAAUUACUCCUGCUUUCCUCUGAUACCAGGAUGCCUGAAGUAAGCUUUGAACUUGCAGGCAGUCCAGCCUGCACAAGAGGUUUGAUCUGAACUGGCAUGCUGAUCCCUGGAGAGCUACUGUGGCGGUGUUUCAUUUUGUUUUUUGCAAGACUCAGGUCUUAUCUACAGAUUUUUUUUUUUUUUUUUAAAGGAUCUGAUUACCCCUCAUUUCUCCCCUGCUAUCAGAACUUGUACUUUUCUGGAAGUAAAGUACAAAGUGAUUCCUGUAGGAAUAAAUGCUCUCCUGUAAUUCUGUAAGGCAUCUGACACAGACAGCCAUUCUGGAAGAGACAUUUAAGAGUUAAACCCAAGCAGCUGCUGCUUUAUUUGAAGUGGCUUGUAAUUUUCUUCUUUGAUGCAAAGUGGGGAAUGUAAUCAAGAUGGCUGAAUAGAGAAUUUUAAGUAUAUUUUGGUGAGACAGCAGGGAAGGGAAAUAGAGGAUAGCUUCUUGCUGGGUGAGGAAAUUAAAUAUAAAAACCUAGAGCUGAAUUGCCACCAAAAUGGAACCUUAUCAUAUUUGAGUGCUGUUUAAAAUAGUACUUAACUUGAUUUUCAGAAAAAAAUAGCAGGUGCUUAUGUGAGGAAAUGUAGCAACUGUUUAGUAAUAUAAUGCAGCAGAACAGUUUUCUCAGUAGAGAAGAUUGCAUCUAGCAGGCAGGAGGAGUUAAUCUGUGAACAGCAGUAACUAACUGCCUGUAUUUUGUUUGAGUAACUGCAUUUUGUUUGCCUACGACAGCGGAGUUAACAGUCCUUUCUUUAUUAGGUGUAUUCUGGGACGCACAGAAAUUUGGUAAUGUACUGGGUCCCUUCCCAUCCCAUCUUCCUCCCCUGACAACCCAGCUUUGAAUGUCUGCUUCAGUAUUAGUUGUGUGCAAGGCUGAGAUCCUUUCUUAAAUGUUUUUAAGCUCCUAAGGUGGAGGAAGGCUUCCCUGUAUCUCGAGGAAUGGUUUCCUGGAAUGCCUCCUGGCUCAGCGUGUGUGACCCAAGUGUGCCAUGAGCUGCCAGUCCGAGCCUCUGCCGUGAUUUAACGCUGUAUGACAGGUCACCUGCCGUCGCUGCUCUCUUGAAGCACAGGGAAAGCAUCCUGUUUGUGUCUUGCAACUUAAAUCUCAAAAAAUAACUUGUACCCUGUCGAGGGAAUAUGAGGAAGAAUGUCCUUCAAGGCACAGAGGACAGUGCAUCUGCAUGCAUCCGUGCAGUGCCAGGGUCCUGUGGUGUCUGGGCAAUUAGGUGGCCCUGCUUUUCCUCUGAUGAAAUCCUGGGAAGGAGGGAGGAUGCUGGCCUGGCACAAGAGACCCGAGGGGAAGGGAAGGGCCAUGAGCCGGCUGCUGGUGCCAUCUAGCUGCUCUUCCUGGCAUAGGCACUUGGCAGGAGCAGGCUGCAGACGGUGGAACUAAUGAGGCUUAAUUAAACAAAGCCUUCAGAAGUAAAUGCUGUGACAUGCUGGCAACAAGUUUCUUUAACCUGCCACAAAGCAAGCGUGCUGUUUACUUUAGGAGGAAGCUUCUUGGUGCUAUAUCUUCAAAAGAAUAAUUGUGCUCUUAGUUGAGAGUUGUUCUUGAGCAGUUCCUGCUCUAUCUGGGUUUAUGCAAAGCCUGGGUGGCAGGGUCAAGUUAAUUAAAUCUCAGUGCAGCUGAGCUGACUCUCUGCAGAUUGGCUGCUGCUUUCUUCGGAAGUGGUCUAUGUGACAAGCAAAGGCAGAGGUCAUCGUGAUACACUACAGCAACUAUCAGUGUAAUGAGCGAAUUAAUUGCCUGGUUGUUUUUUUCAGUUUGAUUUGGAAAGCUUUUGCUGCUCUUUUCCACCUUGGGCAGUUUACCAGCAAAGCAUUUCUCAAAAGCAGGUCCCCAUUUAGGCAGCUGUUACAAAGCUGGCUCUCAAGGAAACUUGUCUCCUGAAGGAUUAUUCUGACAUUUCUUGAUCAAAGGAGCCCUUUUGCUUACAGAGUGGCUUUAGCUACAAAGUGAUGGAUUACAAGUGCUUCUAAGGCUAAACUGUGCCUUAGUAAGUCAGACCUGGUUCCUAAUACUGUGGUGUUUUUCCCCUCAAUGUGAGAGGGGGAGAGUCAUGCAGAGACAUUUGCUUGUCAGUUUGAAUAGAGAGCUUUAUGGGGUAGGAAGAGCAGUAGUUUUAGGGGGAAUAUCCCUGCUCAUCCCUCCGGAGCUGCCCCCAGUUCUGUGAUUUCACAACGCCUGUGGUAGCUGCCUUUUGGUCCCGGCAGGGCAGCGGGCUGGGGCUGCUCAGCCCUUGUGCGAGAAGGCAGAGCUACGCUGUGCCUCUGGAGGAAUGGUCGGUGAGGGGAGUGGGGACACCUCUUGGGGUGAUCACUCUUUGCUGACAGGGUUGGGUACUGUGCUGGAAAAACAUCCCGAUUUUCUGGUUAACAUUCUCAGCUGUCAGUUGAUCGCUAAUGUGGAAUUAGCUAGGAAUUAAAGAGUGAUGAACUUGAAAGAGAAGCUACCUUAUAUCACUUCACUGAGAGUACUCAUGUUUAUUCAGGAUAAAAAAAAAAAACUUAUCAAAGUGAUGUUCAGUAUCCUUUUUGGUUCUACACAUAACCUCUACAGAAAGACUGUCUGAAAACUGCUGUCUGAUACUCUCAAAAAGAAUAAAACCUGGUUUUUUUUCCUUCUUUA